UCUCUGUGUUUUGUCUUAAAAGCAGAGCAGUCCUAAGUGGCUAUGGAGCGUGCAUUUACUCCACUGGAGAGUCUGCUUCCCACAGGAGACCUGAAGUUUUGCCUCGUGGUUCUUAACCAGCCUUUGGACAAAGGUCAUUUUGACCGUCUGUGGAGCAAAGCUGUCUUGAGAGCAUGUGCUGAUGGAGGUGCUAAUCAUUUGUAUCAGAUCACAGAAGGAAAUCAGAACAGCUUCUUACCUGAUUAUAUCAGCGGUGACUUUGAUUCCAUUAGGCCUGAAGUCAAGGAAUACUACAAGGGCAAGGGGUGUGAGCUCAUAGAGACCCUGGAUCAAGAUUUGACUGACUUUACCAAGUGCCUUCAGAUCCUCCAGACAAGGAUAGAAGAAAAGGGCCUGCAGGUUGAUAUCAUUGUGGUUUUGGGUGGACUUGGAGGACGCUUUGACCAAAUCAUGGCAUCAGUGGAGACGCUUUUUCAUGCAACAAAUAUCACUCCUUUUCCAGUUAUAGUUCUCCAAGACUGCUCCCUCAUCUGCCUGCUUCAACCUGGGAAGCACAAACUCCACGUAAACACAGGACUGGAAGGUGAAUGGUGUGGCCUCAUUCCUAUUGGAAACGCUUGUGACAACGUAACCACAACUGGCCUCAAGUGGAAUCUCACUAACCAGCUGCUAAAGUUUGGAACACUCGUCAGCACUUCAAAUGCAUAUGACAGCUCUGGAAUUGUGACCAUCGAAACUGACAAGCCUUUGCUGUGGACAAUGGCCAUCAAAAGUGAGCCAAAUGCUUAUAAUUAAGCAAAUGCCACCUGUUCAUUUGAUCAAAGACUGAAUUUGUUGGAAAACUGCACUCAUCUGUAGGCACGGAAGGAUUAUUCUUGAAGAGGUAGAUUCAACUUAAAAGCAAGAUUUGGGGGUUAGAGGGGGAAAGACUGAAAGAUCUUCAAGACAUCAAAUCAAGGGUAG